CGCGGUGUAGCGUUCGGCGAGCACUGCGGUGAAGAAGAAGGCGAAGAGCCAGUCACUGGGAAACAAGCACAAACGGGAACUAAUAUCAAGGAAAAGGACUCGAGUGACUGCGGCGAAGAUAUGGCGGCCAUUCGGAAGAAGCUGGUGAUUGUCGGUGAUGGCGCUUGCGGGAAAACCUGCCUUCUCAUCGUUUUUAGUAAAGACCAGUUUCCUGAAGUCUACGUGCCGACGGUGUUUGAGAACUACAUCGCUGAUAUCGAAGUGGAUGGCAAACAGGUGGAGUUGGCAUUGUGGGAUACCGCUGGCCAAGAGGACUACGACAGGUUGAGGCCUCUGUCCUACCCCGACACCGACGUCAUCCUGAUGUGCUUUUCCAUUGAUAGCCCUGACAGUUUAGAAAACAUUCCUGAGAAGUGGACGCCUGAGGUGAAGCACUUCUGUCCCAAUGUUCCCAUCAUUCUGGUGGGGAACAAGAAGGACUUGAGGAACGACGAGCACACACGGAGAGAGCUGGCCAAAAUGAAACAGGAGCCGGUCAAGCCUGAGGAAGGCCGCGAGAUGGCCAACAGAAUCAACGCCUUUGGUUACCUGGAGUGCUCUGCCAAGACCAAGGACGGCGUGCGGGAGGUGUUCGAGAUGGCCACCAGGGCGGCGCUGCAGGUCCGCAAGCGCAAGAAGAGAAGUGCCUGCACGCUGUUGUGAGCCGUCCGUCCAGACGACUGUGAAAAUCAAGAAAUGGGAGGAGCGAGAGAGGAAAAACACAAAAAGGACUGACCUUUUCCCCCCCAUGACAUCUUUGUACUGUAUCCUACAUUUCAUAGUAGGAGUCAGGCAGGCGAAUUAUACGCAAAAACAUACAGGAAACGAACUUUGUCUAUAUUAGAAAUUGAUGUUUGAUAAAAACAAUCUUGGAUUUGCUUUCCUUUGUCUUUAAAACAAAAAGCAUGUUUUCUUUUCUAUUUUGUAACCCAGCAGCGAUUAGAAGCGCACGUUAGAAUGCCAUAUUGCCGAGCGAGGGCGGGCAGCGUCCUUCCUCGCUAAUAUCCCGUCUCUCUGAGGAAGGUCCCGUCCAAAGCGUUUCCUCUGCUAAAUCAGCGUGUGCGUUAACAGCUAGUGCCUUUUUGUAUGUUUUCUACAUCCCUGGUUACUUCUCAUUGUGUUGCGAAUUACGCCGAGACUUUAGUUGAGAGCAACGAAUGGCUGCUGUUCAUGCGCUUGUCUCGCGCGCGUCAAGGCUAAAUUGCCUCGACGCUUCUGUAAAGUGACUAACGCGCAACACAGCAGUGCUCGCCACGUUACUCGAGAUGUGCUUACUAGCUCGCAUCGACAAUUGGUGCAUUGGAAAGCGGUCAAAACAUCACGAGCCAGUAUGUAUGACUGACAGACCAAGCAAAAACUCCCCUGAAGGCAGAGGCAGGCAUGAUGGAUUCCGCUAACUGGCAUCCCCACCCGCCGCUGGUAUCUGCGCUCGACUGGUUAGCCUGGAACUCGAGUCUUGUUAGCGUCAUCGGGUCGUCAUUCUUUGCGUAUUGGACGGGAGUUGAGUGAGUGACGCUGAGGAGUUUGUUUUUCCCCUGCUGGUGCCUUCUGUGUUCUGGUGCGCCAUUGACAUUCGCUACCAGACCUGAUAGACCAGAUGAGCUCGAGUUUCCGUCCAUGCGGCUCAGAUGCAAACAUUUCAUCUGCAGCGUACACCACUCAGAAGACAUUAGGGAUAUUUCGGCUUUGGGGUGAAAUUUCGGGAUGAGUGGUCGGUAUUUAUUUGCCGUGUUGGAGAUUGAGAUCUGGAGAUUGAGAUCUGGAGGAGAAGCUCGUCUUGAAACUGAAAGACGAGUCGACUGAAUCGUUUUUGUUUGUUGUUGCUGGAUACCUGUAAUCCGUGAAUAUCCGCUGCAGUAUGUUAUGCAUUUUCCAAUCUCCUUAAUGUGCUAAGAUGAUGCCCAAGAAGUUGAUUGCGUAGAGAGAAACUUUGGAAGUGUGAGUGCGAUCCCUGCACAAUUCAAACACGUCUCCGCCUGUAUGUGAAGAUGAGCUGGAAUAAAACCAAGACUGUCAGCUUAGUUUAGCUUUUGCUGAAACAGAGUUUUGCAAAAAGUGCAGAAGCUUUGAACAGUUGCACAUGGGCAUUCAAAAGUUUAGAGAUGGGCAAAUUAACUUCACCUGGAAAGGUUAGUGUGUUUUAGGUUCAUUUUGAAAUUUCACCCCAAAGCUGCAUAUCGCUUUUUGUGAGUACUGUUGUGUCCUGAACUCUCUUUUGUGGUUGUCAAGUUGUGCAUGGCUCGCAAAACGACAACCACGUCUUCAUCCUUGUGCGGUGGAAACUCCAAAACGGUCAAAAAACACUUCCUUAACUAUCUUGGCAAUGUGUCAUGUUUUAACACUUAUUCUUAACUCGUCCACCACUGUACUAUUAUGUUGAAAACUGUAACUCUUUCUGCAAACACUCAAACUGAAUGACCGCACAGCAAGGUCAUGACUACUGGCGGCAAAAUUGGUGAAUACCCAAGUCAGAAAAACAUUCAGAAUCAGUUAUUCGAUGCUGGCUGAAAUGAGGUGUAGAGAGGUGCGGUGCUGUCGCGUUAUAAAUAAAAAUAUACAUUCUGGGAACAAAUCAGACCAUCCGACGGUUCCCUGAAGACAUCGUCACUCGGCUCGAGGAUGCAUUCGAGGCCCCGCCAAUAACCUUCCUCAGGCAGACUCGGACUGCAUUCCCCUUCCCCCACUUGACUCUGUCGCUCCAUUGAUAUACUUUAACGCGUGUUUGCAUGGAGGCCGGUUGUUCCGAUUCUGUCGCAGGAUAGGCAAAUGGAUGUACAACAAAGAUGCAUUGUUGGCUGCAGCCACUGCACAAUCAUGCACAACAAGCGCACAGACGCUACAAGAACGAUACAAAAAACAAACUUCAGUGCGCAUAAAUCUCGUCGCUGUGAAAACGUAUUUAUGGGAUAACGGCGGUCAUGUAGCCGGACGAGCCGCAUUCCCACAGUGCAUUGUGCAUGCGCUAACUUCUGCUCAGUGUCAUGUCACUCUGUUUCUUCUCUUCCUUCUGAGAUUAUUUGAAAUGACAGAAUACAGAUUUAGACGAGCUCGCUGGCGUACACAGCUCUGUUAACAGCAAAUGUUUCCUCUCAAGUGAACAUUGUUAAUAAACUAUUUUUGCGACAAGACCAAA